AUGGAUCCUGAACGUCCAUACCCUUCUAGAUACGGCUACUAUUACAAUAAUCCUACCCGACCUGCUCCAGGAACAGGCUAUGGAAGCGACCCCCGGCAAGACAACCCGUUUCUACCACGCUCCAGCGCUGGAAAUAGUGCUGGUUUGGGUCCAACGCAAGAAUAUGGUGAGGGAGAGGAUUUCCCAAGCCGUCCUGCAGAAAGCUACGGCAGUAACUUGCGACCUGACAAUCCCUUUCUUCCGCAACAGUCACACGCUGGAGGCAGUGCUCAAUUUAAUUCCACCCAAGGAUAUGGUCAAGAUAGCGGACCAUCCUACUCACCUGCCCAAGACUAUAGUCAGAGAUCUGAAAAUGACCUGAUGGGGAGAUUGCAGAGUUGUUUCCAACAUGAAACCUCUGGUCCCCGGCCAGAAACAGCCAGAGUAUAUGGGUAA